UGAUUACAACUUGGUAACUUUUGGGUUACGUAGUUUCUGAGAGUCUCUUUUGAGAUAAAAUACUCUUAUGUCUCUCCAACAGAAAAAAAAUGGCCCCAAUUAUGUACACAUUGUUUAUUUGGAUACUUUUCAAAACAUCUGAAAUAUCUUCAAAGUUUCAAAUGGCCUUUCUUCUAAUGUGGUUUCAUAUAUAUGCUUUUUAUCCUAAUAGCAGUGAGAUUACCAUAAUUAUGGGUAGGCAUACAAGAUUACAGUUCAGAAACAUGAAUUCACAUUUUCAAUAGAGAUAAAAUAUGUUUUUGAAAAGUUAAAUAUGGAUUAUACUUUGGGAACUUGCUAAUUCGGGAGUGAAAUCAGUGAAUCCUUUUGUGUUAACCACUAAUUACUGAGUCCUAUAGUUUAUUCCUCUAGUUUUUCAUACAUUGGUAUUUUUGCUUGAAAUAGGGCCAUAUGUUUUUGCUGUUUCUUUAUUACAGAAUUAACAGAGUUUCAAAGCUAGUUGGGGUUAGAAAGCAGUCUUCAUCUAACCUUUUGUAGAUGAGAGAACAAAUGCAAAGGCACUAAGCAACUCACAGUUAACUGAAGUCAAAUAUGAUGGAAAGAAAACUCUGCAGUAUGCUUUCAGGAACCAAUUAAUAUAGUCAUAUAAUAUUUCAGUUACCUUGGAUUUAAAAGAUAAUAAGGUUUCUGUAGCAUCAAUAUGACAUUUUUAAAUACAUUGAAUGUUACGGACUUUACACAUGCACUUAACUAUCACUAAAAAUUUCUUUGCUCUGAAUGCAUUUUACUAAUAAAUAUGUUUAAAAAUGUCAUAUGUACCUAAGUUUGUUUUACCAUUAUCCUGUUGUUUAACCAUUUGAGUUGUAUGCAUUUAUGAAUUUAGUUGUAUGCUAUUAUGAAUACACCUGCUGUGAAUAUUCUUGUAAAAGUCUUUAUGUGGGUAUGUUUUCAUUUCUCAUGGGCAACUAUCUAGGCAUGCAAUUGCUGGGUCAAAGAGUAGGUGUUUGCUUAACUUAAACUGUCAAAUUAUAUUCAGAGUAGUUGGACCAUUUUUUAUUCUCACGAGCAAUAUAUGAGAAUUCAGUUGUUCUAAAGCCUCUCUAAUAUUUGAUAUUGCCAGUUUUCUUGGUAUUAGCUAUUCUUAAAUGAAUAUAAAUUAGUAAUCUUCUUGUGGUUUUAAUUUUCAUUUCUCUGACAACUGAUGAUAUUGAACACUUUUUAUGUACUUAUUGGGCAUGUAUAUAUAACGUGUCAUCCCUUACCCAUGGGUGAUACAUUAUAAGAGCCCCUGUGAUACCAGAAAUCAUGGAUAGUACCAAACUUUCUCUACACUCUUUUUUUCCUCUAAGUAAAUACUUAUGGUAAGGUGUAAUUUAUAAUUAUACAUAGUAAGAUAUUAAUAGCAAUAACAAUGAAAUAGAGCAGUUGUGACAACAUACUAUGGUAUUAAUAAUUGGCAAGUUAUUUAUUUCUGGAAUUAAACUGUGGUUGCCUGUGGGUAACCAAAAGUGCAGAACUAAAGUCAUGGGAAAGCGCAGACUGUUGUAUGUUGUAUCUUCUUUUAUGAAUGUCCAAGCUUUGUGACAUUUAAAAAUAUAUAUUUAUGUUUUAGUUUUAGGUGGACACAAUAUCUUUAUUUUAUUUUUAUGUGGUGCUGAGGAUCAAACUCAGUGCCUCAUGCAUGCUAGGCGAGCGCUCUACCACUGAGCCACAACCCCAGUCCUGCUUUGUGCCAUUUUUAAGGUCUGAAUAUUUGAUUAUCAUCCAGUCAUAGUUCUUUGUGUAUUCUGGAGACAAGUCUUUGUUGAGUUCCAAGUAUUUUUUGUGGCCUUGUCAUUUCUUUUCUUUUUUCUUUUUUUUAAAUAUUUAUUAUUAUUUUUAGUUGUAGUUGGACACAAUACCUUUAUUUUUUAUUUAUUUAUUUUUAUGUGGUGCUGAGGAUUGAACCCAGGGCCUUGCACGUGCUAGGCGAGUGCUCUAUCCCUGGGCCACAACCUCAGCCCUGUGACCUUGUCAUUUCUUAACAGUGUCUUUGGAAAAGAUUAUUUUUUCUUUCAUACUGAUUUUGUUGUGUGUCCUAAGAAAUCUUUGUCUUGCAACCCCAAAGUUGCAAGAUAUUCUUCUAGUUUUCUAUUUUUUUUUUUCCUAAAAGCUUUUUGGUUAUUACUUUUGCCUUUAGGUUUGUGAUACAAUUUGAGUUAAUAUUUGUGUGUAGUGAGAGUUGUGGGGUUGUGGUUCUUUCCUCCUCCUUCCCUCAUACAGUUACCCAGUUGUUCCAGCAUCGUUUCUUCUUAUCGGCCUGCUCUUUCCACAGUGGAUAACUUUGGUGCCUUUGUUGAAAACCAUUUGACCAUAUGUGUAUGAUCUCACCCUGGACUUUCUUUUCUGUCUUACUGGUCUGUCAUCUCUUCUUUCCCCAAUACCAUACUAUCUUGAUUACUGCAGCUUUUAUAAAAGAAGUCUGGAAAUUAUGUAGCGAAGGUCGCCAGUUUUAUUCUUGUUUUUCAACAAGUUUUCUCUUCUGUGUUCUUCAAAAUUCCAUACAAAUUUUAGCCAUCUUUUUACUUCUACAAAAAUGCACACCCUUAUUUCACUUGGGUGUGAUGUUGAGUUCAUAAAUCACUUUGGAAGGAACUGACAAAACAUUGUUGUCAGUUUGCCAGUCCUUAAACAUGGCAUAAAUCUCUGUUUAGUUGGGUCUUCAAACUUUUCAGCAAUAUUUUAUGUUUUUUUUAAAUGUUUACUUUUUAGUUGUAGUUGGACACAAUAGCUUUAUUUUAUUUAUUUAUUUUUAUGUGGUGUUGAGGAUUGAACCCAGGGCCUCAAAUGUGCUAGGCAAGUGCUUUCCACUGAGCCACAACCCCAACUAUUUUAUGGUUUUUUGAUGUAGAAAUCUUGCACAUUUCUUGGUUAAAUCUACUCAAAAUAUUUUAUUCUUUUUUGAUGCUAUCAUAAAUGACAUUUAAACUUUUAAUUUUUCUAUUGUUUGCUUGUAGAAAUACAGCUGCUUUUUGUAUAUUGACCUUUGCUAAAUUCACUUAUUAAGUCAUGAAAAUUUGCUGUAGUUUCCUCAGGGUUUUCUAUGUAAACAAUCUCAUCUGUGAUUAAUGAUAGUUUCACUUCUUUCCCAAUUUUAUUUUCUUGCCUUUAGUGCUGGCUUAUAGAACAAAGGCAGGUGGAAGAGGUGAAAGUGAACAUCCUGGCCUUGUGUCUGACUACAGGGAAAGCAUGCACUAUUUUACCAUUGAAUGUGAUGUGGGUUUUUGGUGUUUCUUAGAUACCUUUGAUCGGAAUGGGGGAUCUCUUCCAACAUAAAAAUUGUUUCCAUGUAAUAUUUGAUAAUAAUGGUUUCUGAUUUCUUCUGUACUCUGAUUAUAAAUAUAUAGCUGCAUUCUUACACAGUAGAUAGAAAAUAACAAUGAUCUAUUGCCAAUAGUAUUUAAAAUUUGGACCAGUAUACAUAACCAUGUGGUAUAAAUAGUACUGUUGAAAAUUUCAGAGUUAUAUAUUUAAACUGUAUGAACAUUUGAUAAAAUUGUUGGUUAUUUUGCUGAGUAAAGUAUGAAGUUUCACUGACAGAUGUUAUAUAUUGAUGAAUAAAAUUUAAUUUAGACAUUUUAAUAGGUUUCUUUGAUUAUCAGCUAUAUUCUGUGUAAAGUUCUUUAGUCUUAUUAUAUUUUGGAGUAUCAUCACAUUUAUCUAUAGUACUUCAUAAUUGGCCUAUCUGUAGUAAUAUGGAAAAUACAUAUGACAGGAAGACACCAGGCUUUGAAGAGCGUGCUGAUACAGUGUGCUCACUGGUUCACUCAGCAGACCACUUGGCACCCACUGUGGGCCAGCGGAGAUGAAAACAUGCAGCGGGCUUUUCCAGGAACACUUAGCUUUUGAAGAGACAGGCAGAUGGAGGAGUGUUGACCAAAGGUGGGAAGUACAGAGGAGUCUUCAGCAAGUGCUUCUGAGAAAUGGAUUCCCAGGAGGGGGCCUGAGGACAUCAGGGCUGGAGAAAGAAGAGCACAUGCAGUGAACCACAAGGGACUCGGAGCUGACAGCUCAGGCAGGGCUCACCCUGGAGUGGCCCCCUGGGCUCCUGUGAGGUCAGCUGGGCAUACUUCUGGAUUUUCAGUCAGUCAGCAGAUGAAGGAGGGCUGUUGGAUGGGGCUCGUGGCCAGGCUGCUGCAGUUCUCAUCUCUCAGUGGGCUCAGCUUCUUUACAUGUGGCGGGAGCAUUCCAAGAGAGUGAGGGGGAAGCUGCAGGAAGCCACAUUUUAUCACUUUGGUUGCCUUAUGUGGGUCAAAGCAAAUCAUGAGGCCAGCUCUGAUUUAAGGGAUGCAGAAAUAGACUCCAUCACUUGACAGGAGGAACUUCAAUUAAGCUGGGGCCAUGUUUCAUAUACCAUCAUCUCCUCUCUGGCCAAAAUUAGAAGGUCAUAUUUCUGUAGGUUGGACAGCCCAGAGAUGACGGGGAAUGGAUCAGUGUAUGGCAUAUGGGGACACUUCCACUUGGCUGGACCCAGAGUAUGCCCCAUUCUCCUAGAUACCAUGACUAUUAUGUAUCCAUUGGAUGUUGAGAUAUAAAACUAGAGGUGAUCUGAAAUAGAGGACUGCAAGUUCUAGUUUUCUAGGGUGCCCACAAAUAAUAGAAAAAGAUUUGAUAACUUCCAAAAGGACAGAAUUAAAUAUGAUUUUUUUUGGAACCAGAAAGGAUAAAUAAACCUGGGAAUAUAUCAUAUCUAAAAAAGUAAUAGGUCCAGUGGAUUAGGGAGCACUGCUCUAAUGAUGAAUAGGGUUAAAAAUGAUGGCAAUUGAGUGUGAAACGAGAGUUGUUUCCUUGCUAUUGUACCAGGCUGCCUGAUGGUCUAGGGGUCCUCCUCAGGGGUGUAAUUCCAGCAGAGGGCACAAAAACCAAAAAUCUGCUCUUGCUGCAAUAUCAUCCCUUUGAAAGGCUCGUGGUUUCUGAAAACUACUCCACUUGGUGAAGUGAGGCCAACAGGCAUGCAGUUCUGAGGAGAGGAGCGGUCGUCUUGGGAUGCUGGGGAAGGUGAAGCUUCACAGAGUAGAUGCUGCCAAGGCUGGACCUCAAAGGUGGCCUGAGUACCCGAGCCGUGGGAAGGAGCCAGGGUGCUCGAACCUCGUGUAGUGCAGAGGUGAGCAGGCAGAAGUGUCUGCUCACACAGUAGUGGUGAGGUGCCAGCUUGCUGUUGUGGAGCAGGAGCCGAAUUCCACAGAGCUGCUUCACACAUCUUUGAGGUUUCUGCAAGUUCCCUUAGAAUGCUGUUGGUUCAUCUAUUGAAGAUAAAAAGCAGAUGAGGAGGACUCUACAGGAAUGGUGGGCUAAACAGGGGUUUACUGCUUCUAAAGUCAUUUACAUUUCCCCCCUGCCUUUGAUUGUGUGAUGGGACUUCCCCACUAGUCACUCCAUUAAAGCUGCAAUUGUUAAGGUCACCAGGGACCCUGCUUUUGCUAAAUGCUCUUCAGCCACACAGUUCAAAAAUAACAGCUUUUGACCCUGCUAACUCUCCUCUCUUUUCCUGAACUGCUCUCUUCUUUGGUUCCUCAGGCUCCACUUCUCUUUUGCCAGGCUUCUUGUGUGUAGGUUUCUCUCUGGUGCUGACUUUAAAAGCCUCCAGAGCUCAGUCCUCCUCAGGCUCCUCUUGUGUUUCUGCACACUCUUCCUGGGAAGCCUCACUAUUGUACCAGGCUGCCCGAUGGUCUAGGGGUCCUCCUCAGGGGUGCAAUUCCACCCAGGACUCGCGGGUGUUUUUAUUCAGAUCUUUUCUUAAGUUCUAGGAAUACAUAGCCUUUGUCUACUGAAAUGCAUUUGGAUAUUCCACAGGCAUCUCAGACUAAACAAGUUUAAAAAGUGAAUCCAUCAUCUCUACCCCAACCUAAUAUCCCUCAUAAAUUUCCUGUUUUGGUGAUUCAUUAUCAGCCAUUAUGAAGAGUCUUUUUAGAUCUUUUAUCCUCCCUCCCUUAUGCCUCAUAGAAAGUCAACUGCAAGUCAUUUUAGGCCUACCUUACACUUUCUCAAAUAUUGUCUCCUUUACCAUUUGUGUUGUCAGAAUACUUCAGAUGGUCAUCAUCUCUUUCAUUAGACAUUGUGUCUGUGCCUCUAAUAUUAACUGCCUCCCCUUACCAAAUCCGAUUGUAUCACCCUGACCCCCUCCCAACAGGUUGGUGUGAGAAAUAACUUCUAACUUGAUUGGUCAUUAAAUCUUUGACCACCUGCGGCCCAGGGGGCCCAGGUCUCAUAGUUCCAGUCCUACGUCAAUAUUUCUAAUAAAGUGUGCUACUUUUCCUGAAUUCCUAAACUGAUUACCUGUACCACAUCUGGGGACUUACUCAUACUACAUGACUUCUGUUGUUCUUGUUUGUAUGUAUUUUAUGGACCAAAUGAGGGGACCUUCUCCAGGGCUUGGACCAUUUACUCCAGAAAGGGCGUUGACGUGCAGAGAAGAACUCCUGACUCUGCUUCUGUCGCUGCUGCCCCUUGUGUGGAAGAUACCUGUUCAGGAGCAGCAGGCAGCAGAUUUUAAUUUGCCAUUGUCAUCAGAUAUAAUCCUGACCAAAGAAAAGAACUCAAGUUCACAUAGAUCUACUCAGGAAAAAUUAUGUUUAGAAGGAAGUGCCCCAUCUGGUCAGGUUUCUACAAAAGUAAAUGCUUUUCGAAAAAGCAGACGACAGCGUAAAAGUACCCAUCGCUAUUCUAUAAGAGAUGCUCGAAAAACACAGCUCUCCACCUCUGACUCAGAGGGCAACUCAGAUGAGAAAAGCACGGCAGUGAGUAAGCACAGAAGGCUCCAUGCACUGCAUCGUUUCGUAACCCAGUCUCCUGAAGACCACCUCUCACCUAGACUAAGCUCCUUUGUAACCAAAGAGCAGGUGUCUCCUGAUACCAUGGCUUUGAGAAACUCCACAGAGACUACUCCGAGGCAGGAGUCAAGCAAUGACAUUUUAAGUGAACCAGCUGCCUUGUCUAUUCUCAGUAACAUGAAUAAUUCUCCAUUUGACUUAUGUCAUGUUCUGUUGUCCUUAUUGGAAAAAGUUUGUAAAUUUGACAUUACUUUGAAUCAUAAUUCUGCCCUUGCAGCCAGUGUAGUGCCGACACUGACUGAAUUCCUAGCAGGCUUUGGGGACUGCUGUAAUCUAAGUGACAAGCUGGAGAAUGAAGUGGUUUCUGUAAGUUGGACCGAAGAACCCGUGGCUUUAGUUCAGAGGAUGCUCUUUCGAACAGUGUUGCAUCUCAUGUCAGUAGAUAUUAGUGCUGCAGAGGUCAUGCCGGAAAGUCUUAGAAAAAAUUUAACUGAAUUGCUUAGGGCAGCUUUAAAAAUUAGAACUUGCUUAGAAAAGCAGCCUGAUCCUUUUGCACCAAGACAAAAGAAAACACUGCAGGAGGUCCAGGAGGGCUUUAUGUUUUCCCAGUUUCGUCAUAGAGCCCUUCUUUUACCUGAGCUUCUGGAAGGAGUUCUACAGAUCCUGAUCUGUUGUCUUCAAAGUUCAGCUUCAAAUCCCUUCUACUUCAGUCAAGCCAUGGAUCUGGUUCAAGAAUUCAUUCAGCACCAAGGAUUUAAUCUUUUUGAAACAGCAGUUCUUCAAAUGGAAUGGCUAGUUUCAAGAGAUGGAGUUCCUCCAGAGGCCUCACAACAUCUGACAGCCCUAAUAAAUAGUGUGAUGAAAAUCAUGAGCACUGUGAAAAAAGUAAAAUCAGAGCAACUUCAUCACUCAAUGUGUACGAGAAAAAGGCACAGACGCUGUGAGUAUUCUCACUUUAUGCAUCACCACCGAGAUCUCUCCGGACUUCUGGUUUCAGCUUUUAAAAACCAGCUUUCCAGAAACCCCUUUGAAGAGACUGCAGAUGGAGAUGUUCAUUAUCCCGAGCGGUGCUGCUGUAUUGCAGUGUGUGCUCAUCAGUGCUUGCGCUUGCUGCAGCAGGCUUCUUUGGGCAGCACCUGUGUCCAGAUUCUAUCAGGCAUUCAUAGUGUUGGAAUAUGCUGCUGUAUGGAUCCCAAAUCUGUAAUCAUCCCUUUGCUGCAUGCUUUUAAAUUGCCAGCACUGAAAAAUUUUCAGCAGCAUAUAUUGAAUAUCCUUAACAAACUUAUUUUGGAUCAGUUGGGAGGUGCAGAGAUACCACAGAAAAUUAAAAAAGCAGCGUGCAACAUUUGUACUGUGGACUCUGACCAGCUGGCUAAGUUAGAAGAGACACUGCAGGGCAGCUUGUAUGCUGCCGAACCUGCCUCGGGUGCACCCAGUCCUUCCUACAGAUUUCAGGGGAUCCUGCCCAGCAGUGGAUCUGAAGACUUGCUGUGGAAGUGGGAUGCAUUAGAGGCUUAUCAGAAAUUUGUUUUUGAAGAUGACGGAUUACAUAGUAUACAGAUUGCAAAUCACAUUUGUAACUUAAUCCAGAAAGGCAAUGUAGUUAUUCAAUGGAAGUUGUACAAUUACCUGUUUAAUCCUGUGCUGCAAAGAGGAGUUGAACUAGCACAUCACUGUCAACAUCUCAACAUUACUUCUGCUCGAACUCAUAUGUGCAGCCACCUGAAACGGUGUCUGCCGCAGGAAGUGCUUCAGGUUUAUUUAAAAACUCUGCCUAUCCUGCUUAAAUCCAGGGUAAUAAGAGAUUUGUUUUUAAGAUGUAAUGGAAUAAAUCAAAUAAUUGAAUUAAAUUACUUAGAUGGUAUUCGAAGUCAUUCCCUAAGAGCAUUUGAAACUCUGAUAAUCAGCCUAGGGGAACAACAGAAAGAUGUUUCAACCCCAGGUAUCGAUGGAUCACACACUGAAGAGAAGGAGCCCUCGUCCUCAAAUACAGGGGCCCCUUUUCAUGACCAUCAGGCUUAUUCAGAUUCUCCUCAAAGCCUCAGCAAAUUCUAUGCUGGUCUCAAAGAAGCUUAUCCAAAGAAAUGGAAUACUGUUCACCAAGAUGUUCAUAUCAACACCAUAAACCUCUUCCUCUGUGAGGCAUUUUUAUGUGUAAGUAAAGAAGCAGAGUUGGAUAGGGAGUCGGCCAAUGAGUCAGAAGAUACUUCUGGCUAUGACAGUACAGCCAGUGAGCCUUUAAGUCAUGCGCUGCCAUGUUUGUCUCUUGAGAGGCUCGUCUUGCCUUCUCCUGAGCAUAUGCACCAAGCAGCAGACGUGUGGUCCAUGUGUCGUUGGAUUUACAUGUUGAGCUCAGUCUUCCAGAAACAGUUUCAUAGGCUUGGUGGUUUCCGAGUGUGCCAUAAGUUAAUAUUUAUGAUAAUACAGAAAAUAUUCAGAAAUCAUGAAGACAAGCAAGGGGAAAGGCAGGGAAAUAUAAAUGUAAUUGAAAACCAAGACUUGGUCAGAACUUCUCAACAGGAGAAAGCAAGGAAGGAAGAUUUGUCAUCUCUGACUACAACAAAGGACCACACACCACCUGAUCGGGGUAGUCUGAAAAACAAUGCUGACAGUGUAGGUGAAUUAGAAUCACAGUGUAUUUCUUCCAUAAACAUGGAGCCUAUUUCAUCUACUGAAGCUACUCCUGAGGAGGCAAAGGUGUUUAGGAGGCGAGAAAGUGAGACCGCACUUCAGAGCAUACGACUUUUGGAAGCCAUUCUGGCCAUUUGUCUUCAUAGUGCUAGAACCAGUCAACAAAAGAUAGAAUUGGAGUUACCUAAUCAGAACUUGUCUGUGGAAAAUAUAUUGUUUGAAAUGAGGGAUCAUCUUUCCCAGUCAAAAGUGACUGAGACAGAAUUGGCAAAGCCUUUGUUUGAUGCCCUGCUUAGAGUUGCCCUGGGGAAUCAUUUAGCAGAUUUUGAACAUCCUGAUGCUGUGACAGAGAAGAGUCAUCAGUCUGAGGAAGAGUUGUCUUCCCAACCUGGAGAUUUUUCAGAAGAAGCUGAAGGUCCUCAGUGUUGUAGUUUUAAACUUCUGGUUGAAGAAGAAGGUUAUGAGGCGGAUAGUGAAAGCAAUCCUGAGGAUGGCGAAACCCGGGAUGACGGGGUAGAUUUAAAACCUGAAGCAGAAGGUUUCAGUGCAUCAGUCAGUCCAAAUGACUUGAUUGAAAAGCUCACUAAAGGGGAAAUAAUAUAUCCUGAGAUUUGCAUGCUGGAAUUAAAUUUGCUUUCUGCUAGCAAAGCUAAACUUGAUGUGCUUGCUCAUGUAUUUGAGAGUUUUUUGAAAAUUAUCCAGCAGAAAGAAAAGAACAUUUUUCUACUCAUGCAACAGGGAACUGUGAAAAAUCUUUUAGGAGGAUUCUUGAGUAUUUUAACACAAGCUGAUUCUGAUUUUCAAGCAUGCCAGAGAGUACUGGUGGAUCUCCUGGUGUCUUUGAUGAGCACAAGAACAUGUUCAGAAGAACUAACCCUUCUUUUGAGGAUAUUUCUGGAGAAAUCUCCUUGUACAGAAAUUCUUCUUCUGGGUCUUCUGAAAAUUGUGGAAAGUGAUGUUACUAUGAGCCCGUCACAGUAUCUGACCUUUCCAUUGCUGCAUACCCCAAGCUUAAGCAAUGGGGUCUCACCACCAAAGUGUCCCGGGAUCCUAAACAGCAAGGCCAUAGGCUUACUGCGAAGAGCACGAGUUUCACGGUCCAAGAAAGAGGUUGACAGAGGAAAUUUCCCCCAUCGGCUGCUUUCCUCUUGGCACAUAGCCCCAAUCCACUUGCCGUUGCUGGGGCAGAACUGCUGGCCACACCUGUCAGAAGGUUUCAGUAUCUCAUUGUGGUUUAAUGUGGAGUGUAUCCAUGAAUCUGAGAGUGCCACAGAGGAAGGAAAGAAGAUAAAGAAAAGAAACAAAUCCUUGAUUGUACAAGACAGCAGUUUUGAUGGAGCAGAGAGCGAAAAACCAGAAGGUGCAGAGUAUACAAAUCCUGGUGAAAGACUCAUCGAAGAAGGCUGCAUCCAUUUAAUUUCCCUGGGAUCCAAAGCGUUGAUGAUCCAAGUGUGGGCUGAUGCGCACAAUGGCACUUUUAUCUUUCGUGUAUGCAUGGAUUCAAAUGAUGAUAUGAAAGCUGUUUUACUAGCACAGGUUGAAUCACAGGAAAAUAUUUUCCUCCCAAGCAAAUGGCAGCAUUUAGUACUCACCUACCUCCAGCAGCCUCAAGGGAAAAAGAAUGUACAUGGGAAAAUCUCCACAUGGGUCUCUGGACAGAGGAAGCCUGAUGUCACUUUGGACUUUAUGCUUCCAAGAAAAACAAGUUUGUCAUCAGAUAGCAAUAAAACAUUUUGCAUGAUUGGCCAUGGCUUAUCAUCUCAAGAAGAGGUUUUGCAGUUGUCUGGAAAAUGGGACCUGGGAAAUUUGCUCCUCUUCAAUGGAGCGAAGAUUGGUUCACAAGAAGCCUUUUAUUUAUACGCCUGUGGACCCAAUUAUACAUCCAUAAUGCCGUGUAAAUACGGCAAGCCCGUGAAUGACUGCUCCAAGUAUAUUAAUAAAGAAAUUUUGCGAUGUGAACAAAUCAGAGAACUUUUUAUGAAUAAAAAAGAUGUGGAUGUUGGUCUCCUAAUUGAAAGUCUUUCCAUUGUUUAUACAACUUAUUGUCCUGCUCAGUAUACCAUCUAUGAGCCAGUGAUCAGACUAAAAGGUCAGGUGAAAACCCAGCUCUCUCAAAGACCCUUCAGUUCAAAAGAAGUCCAGAGCAUCUUGCUAGACUCUCCUCAACUAAAAAACCUCAAGCCUACUGAGUGUAAAACGAUUCAAGGCAUUCUGCACGAGGUUGGCGGAGCUGGUAUCUUUGUUUUUCUCUUUGCUAGGGUUGUUGAACUUAGUGACUGUGAAGAAACUCAGGCAUUGGCACUGCGAGUCCUGCUCUCCUUAGUUAAAUUCAACCAACAGAGAGCUCAUGAAUUAGAAAAUUGUAAUGGGCUUUCUAUGAUUCAUCAGGUGUUGAUCAAACAGAAAUGCAUUGUUGGCUUUCACAUCUUGAAGACCCUUCUUGAAGGUUGCUGUGGGGAAGAUAUUAUCCAUAUCAAUGAGAAUGGAGAGUUCAAGUUGGAUAUAGAGUCUAAUGCUAUAAUCCAAGAUGUUAAACUUUUAGAGGAGCUACUGCUUGACUGGAAGAUAUGGAAUAAAGCAGAGCCUGGCGUGUGGGAGACUCUGCUCGCAGCUCUGGAAGCCCUCAUCCGCGUAGAGCACCAGCAGCAGUGGUUUAACACGCAGCAGUUGCUGAAAGCCCGGGCGGUGCACCACUUCCUGCUAAUGUGUCAGGUUCUGCAGGAACACAAAGAGGGGCACCUUACAUCCAUGCCCCGAGAGGUUUGUAGAUCAUUUGUGAAAAUUAUUGCAGAAGUCCUUGGAUCUCCUCCAGAUUUGGAAUUAUUGACAAUUAUCUUCAAUUUCCUUUUAGCAGUUCACCCUCCUACUAAUACUUACGUUUGUCACAACCCCACAAACUUCUACUUCUCUUUGCAUAUAGAUGGUAAGAUCUUUCAGGAGAAAAUGCAGUCAAUCAUGUACCUGAGGCAUUCUAACAGUGGAGGGAGAUCCCUUGCUAGCCCUGGAUUUGUGGUAAUAAGCCCAUCUGGUUUUACUGCUUCACCACCUGAAGGAGAUAGUUCCUCCACUGUUAUUCCACAGCCGAUGGCUGCCCACUUGCUGCGUUCCAGAAGCCUGCCAUCAUUUCCUACCUGUCCACAAGUGCAGCCACUAAAACUGACUGGAAGUUUGGGCUGUAGUAUUGACAAGUUACGAAACAUUGUAGAUAUGUAUGUUGCUGCCCAGCCAGAGACACAGAACGCUUUAGGGGAGUUCAAUGUGCUGAAAACAGGCAAAGAGGAUGCACUCAUCAGUAGCUGUGAGUCUGCCAAAACUGUCUGUGAAGUGGAUGCUGCUUUCACAGCCCACAACUUUGCCAGUGUUGUCCCAAAAGGAACACUGGGAUCUCCUGUGGUCAGAGUAGAUCACAAAGACCUAGGAGCAGAACCCCGGUCAGAUGAUGAAAGCCCUGGGGAUGAGUCCUGCCCACGCCGACCAGACAACCUGAAGGGACUGGCCUCAUUCCAGCAAAGCCACAGCACCAUUGCAAGUCUUGGGCUAGCUUUUCCUUCACAGAAUGGAUCUGCAGCUGUGGGCCGGUGGCCAAGUCUUGUUGACAGGAACACCGAGGACUGGGAAAACUUUGCCUUUUCUCUUGGUUACGAGCCAAACUAUAACUGUGCUGCAAGUGCUCACAGUGUAACUGAAGACUGUUUAGAACCUGUCUGCUGUGGACUGUAUGAACUCUUAAGUGGCGUUCUUCUCAUCCUGCCUGAUGUGAUGCUUGAGGAUGUGAUGGACAAGAUCAUUCAAGCAGAUACACUUUUAGUCCUCGUUAACCACCCUUCACCAGCUAUACAACAAGGAGUUAUUAAACUCUUACAUGCAUAUUUUAAUAGAGCAUCUAAGGAACAAAAAGAUAAAUUUCUGAAGAAUCGUGGCUUUUCCUUGUUAGCCAACCAGUUAUAUCUGCAUCGAGGGACUCAGGAAUUGUUAGAAUGCUUCAUUGAAAUGUUCUUUGGUCGACAUAUUGGCCUUGAUGAAGAAUUUGACCUGGAAGACGUAAAGAACAUGGGACUUUUUCAGAAGUGGUCUGUCAUUCCUAUUCUGGGACUAAUAGAGACCUCUCUGUAUGACAACAUACUCUUGCAUAAUGGUCUUGUACUUCUUCUCCAAAUUUUAAAUUCUUGUUCUAAGGUAGCAGACAUGUUGUUGGAUAAUGGUCUGCUCUAUGUGUUAUGUAACACAGUAGCAGCUUUGAAUGGAUUAGAAAAAAGCCUUCCUGUGAAUGAAUACAGAUUGCUUGCCUGUGACAUACAGCAACUUUUCAUAGCAGUGACGAUUCACGCAUGCAGUUCCUCGGGCUCACAGUAUUUUAGAGUUAUUGAAGACCUUAUUGUACUCCUUGGAUAUCUUCAAAAUAGCAAAAACAAGAGGACACAAAAUAUGGCUAUUGCUCUGCAGCUUAGAGUCCUCCAGGCGGCCAUGGAGUUCAUAAGGAGCACUGCGAAUCAUGACUCUGAAAGCCUUCCUGAUUCAGUCCACUUACCUUCUGCCCCCCAUCAUGUUGUGUUUCAGAAGCGGAGGAGCAUUGCUGGUUCAAUUCCAAUGAAGGGUUCCAUUAUUCCUCACCUGCCAAGACGUCAUUUUGGUUCCUAUGGUCAACUUCCGAUGCCCUUCUCCUUCAGCCCAUUAAAUCAAGACUCCUCCCCCAUGUUUUCUCCUGGAUGCACUACAGGUCCUAGAAAAUAUCCCCUGGCUCAGACAGAAUCUCUUCUGACAAAAAUGCGCUCAGUGGCCAGCGACGAGCUCCACACCAUGAUGCAGAGAAGAAUGAGCCAGGAGAGCCCUAGCCAGGCCACUGAGGCAGAGCUUGCCCAGAGGCUGCAGAGGCUCACUGUCCUAGCAGUCAACAGGAUUAUUUACCAAGAGUUUAAUUUAGACAUUAUUGACAUUUUAAGAACUCCAGAAAAUGCAACUCAAAACAAGACCUCAAUUUCCCAGACUGAAAUUUCUGAGGAAAAUAUGCAUCAUGAACAGCCUUCUGUUUUCAACCCAUUUCAAAGAGAGAUGUUCACCUACCUGGUUGAGGGAUUCAAGGUAUCUAUUGGUUCAAGUAAAGUCAAUGGUUCUAAGCAACAGUGGAUUAAAAUUCUAUCAUCUUGUAAGGAAACCUUCCGAAUGCAGCUUGGAAGACUACUUGUGCAUAUUUUAUCACCAGCCCACACUGCACAAGAAAGAAAGCAGAUAUUUGAAAUAGUUCAUGAACCAAAUCAUCAGGAAAUACUUCGAGACUGUCUCAGCCCAUCCCUGCAACAUGGAGCCAAGUUAGUUUUGUAUUUGUCAGAGUUGAUACAUAAUCACCAAGACGAGCUGACUGAAGAGGAACUAGACACAGCAGAACUACUGAUGAAUACUUUAAAAUUAUGUGGUCACAAGUGCAUCCCUCCCAGCGCACCAUCAAAACCAGACCUUAUUAAAAUGAUCAAAGAGGAACAAAAGAAAUAUGAAACUGAAGAAGGCGUGAACAAAGCUUCCUGGCAGAAAACAGUUAAUAAUAAUCAGCAAAGUCUCUUUCAGCGUCUCGAUUCAAAAUCAAAGGAUAUAUCUAAAAUAGCUGCAGAUAUCACACAGGCAGUGUCUCUUUCCCAGGGAAUUGAGAGGAAAAAGGUGAUCCAGCACAUCCGAGGAAUGUACAAAGUUGACCUGAGUGCCAGCAGACAUUGGCAGGAGCUCAUUCAGCAGCUGACACAUGAUAGAGCUGUCUGGUAUGACCCCAUCUACUAUCCAACCUCAUGGCAGUUGGAUCCCACAGAAGGGCCAAACCGAGAGAGGAGACGUUUGCAGAGAUGUUACUUAACUAUUCCAAAUAAGUAUCUACUGAGAGAUAGACAAAAAUCAGAAGAUGUGGCCAAACCACCACUCUCUUACCUGUUUGAAGACAAAACUCAUUCCUCUUUCUCUUCUACUGUCAAAGACAAAGCUGCAAGUGAAUCUAUAAGAGUAAAUCGAAGGUGUAUCAGCGUUGCACCAUCUAGAGAGACAGCUGGUGAAUUGUUGUUAGGUAAAUGUGGAAUGUAUUUUGUGGAAGAUAAUGCUUCUGAUACAGUUGAAAGUUCGAGCCUGCAGGGAGAGUUGGAACCAGCAUCAUUUUCCUGGACAUAUGAGGAAAUUAAAGAAGUUCACAAGCGUUGGUGGCAACUGAGAGAUAAUGCUGUAGAAAUCUUUUUAACAAAUGGCAGGACACUUCUGCUAGCAUUCGAUAACACCAAGGUUCGCGAUGAUGUGUACCACAGUAUACUCACAAAUAACCUACCAAACCUUCUGGAAUAUGGCAACAUUACUGCUCUGACAAACCUGUGGUAUACUGGACAAAUUACCAAUUUUGAAUAUUUGACUCACUUAAACAAACAUGCUGGCCGAUCCUUCAAUGAUCUCAUGCAGUACCCAGUGUUCCCAUUUAUACUUGCUGACUAUAUUAGUGAGACCCUCGACCUCAGUGACCCCUCUAUCUAUAGAAAUCUCUCUAAGCCUAUAGCUGUGCAGUACAAAGAAAAAGAAGAUCGCUAUGUGGACACAUACAAGUAUCUGGAGGAAGAGUACCGCAAAGGAGCCAGGGACGAUGACCCCAUGCCCCCGGUGCAGCCCUACCACUACGGCUCCCACUACUCCAACAGUGGCACUGUGCUCCACUUCCUGGUCAGGAUGCCGCCUUUCACCAAAAUGUUCUUAGCUUAUCAAGAUCAAAGUUUUGACAUUCCAGACAGAACUUUUCAUUCUACAAAUACAACUUGGCGCCUCUCAUCUUUUGAAUCCAUGACUGAUGUGAAGGAGCUUAUCCCAGAGUUUUUCUAUCUUCCUGAGUUCUUAGUCAACCGUGAAGGUUUUGAUUUUGGUGUGCGUCAGAAUGGUGAACGGGUUAAUCACGUCAACCUUCCCCCAUGGGCACGUAACGAUCCUCGCCUUUUUAUCCUCAUCCACCGGCAGGCUCUAGAGUCUGACCAUGUGUCCCAAAACAUCUGUCACUGGAUUGACUUGGUGUUCGGGUACAAGCAGAAGGGAAAGGCUUCUGUUCAAGCCAUCAAUGUUUUCCAUCCUGCUACGUAUUUUGGAAUGGAUGUCUCUGCAGUUGAAGAUCCAGUUCAGAGACGAGCCCUAGAGACCAUGAUAAAAACCUAUGGGCAGACCCCUCGUCAGCUGUUCCACACAGCCCAUGCCAAUAGACCUGGAGCCAAACUCAACAUUGAAGGAGAACUUCCAGCUGCUGUGGGGCUGUUAGUACAGUUUGCUUUCAGGGAGACCCGGGAGCAGGUCAAAGAAAUUACCUGUCCGAGCCCUUUGUCAUGGAUUAAAGGCUUAAAGUGGGGAGAGUAUGUGGGCUCCCCCAGCGCUCCUGUGCCUGUGGUCUGCUUUAGCCAGCCCCAUGGAGAACGGUUCGGUUCUCUCCAGGCUCUGCCCACCAGAGCAAUCUGUGGUUUGUCCCGAAAUUUCUGUCUUCUGAUGACUUACAGCAAGGAACAAGGUGUGAGAAGCAUGAACAGUACUGACAUUCAGUGGUCGGCCAUCCUGAGCUGGGGGUAUGCUGACAAUAUCUUAAGGUUGAAGAGUAAGCAAAGUGAGCCACCAGUGAACUUCAUACAGAGCUCACAGCAGUACCAGGUGACUAGUUGUGCUUGGGUACCUGACGGUUGCCAGCUCUUCACUGGGAGCAAGUGCGGUGUGAUCACGGCCUACACGAACAGAUUCACCAGUAGCACGCCAUCAGAGAUAGAAAUGGAGACUCAGAUACACCUUUAUGGGCACACAGAAGAGGUGACCAGCUUGUGUGUUUGCAAACCAUACAGCAUCAUGAUAAGCGUGAGCAGAGACGGAACCUGCAUCCUGUGGGACUUGAACAGACUGUGCUAUGUACAAAGUCUGGCAGGACAUAAAAGCCCUGUCACAGCUGUCUCUGCCAGUGAAACCUCAGGUGACAUUGCUACUGUGUGUGAUUCAGCUGGUGGAGGCAGUGACCUCAGGCUCUGGACAGUGAAUGGGGACCUCGUUGGACACGUGCACUGCAGAGAGAUCAUAUGCUCCGUGGCCUUCUCCAACCAACCUGAGGGGAUAUCCAUCAAUGUCAUUGCUGGGGGACUAGAAAAUGGAAUUGUGAGGCUGUGGAGCACAUGGGACCUAAAGCCCGUGAGAGAAAUCACAUUUCCCAAAUCAAAUAAGCCUAUUGUGAGCCUUACGUUUUCUUGUGAUGGCCACCACUUGUACACAGCGAACAGUGAUGGGACGGUGAUCGCCUGGUGUCGGAAGGACCAGCAGCGCAUGAAGCAGCCCAUGUUCUAUUCCUUCCUCAGCAGCUAUGCUGCCGGGUGAACAGAGGGAGCUGUGCGUUCUCCAGAGCACCUCAACUCCAGGGGGAUGGUCGGCUUCACCAGGGCAGGAAGGAGGCUGAGCCCGCAGAAAUAGAUGACUAGGCACACCCUUCAAAUAACCACACACCUGUUCAUCUGCACAGAAUCCCAAAGCCUCCCUGGGCCCUGAGAGGCAAUUCCCGUCCUCAUCGAGGGAUGCUGCGGGAGCUGCGUGAUGCGUACCAGCCAGCCGGGCGAGGGCUUGCGUGGUACAUUAAAUCAUGUUCUCAAAGUGUUUUCCUACCAGGUAUUCUGAAGAAAAAAAUCAGGGUCUCCCUUCAAAAGGGCCAAUAGAAUUUCAAUUGGCUAGCUGGUUAUUUAUAUAAGAUACUCUAAAAAUUAUAUUUGAAAAGUUUUCUGCCUUGAUAUACCCUCACCCCCGACACACCCCAAAAACUGGAAAGAGAAAAAGAUAAUAUAUUUCAGGACUCAAUAAUUGCUUUCUUUGAAAAGCAGGUAAUUCAGUAGGUGCCUCUGCACCAAGCAUUCUGUGGACUAUUGGAAUACUAAGAGGAAACUCCUAAUGAAUCUCAACUUCAGACAGUUUUUGCUGGUUGCCACCUUAGCUCAAGGGAGAAACAGAAUUUUUCGAAAGCCAUGAACAAAAAUAUGGUCAUCUUCAAUUUCAGACAUGUCCUGUUUCUUCAUGAAAUUUUUACUUAAAACCCAUAACACUAGAUAUUGAACAUCCUUAGCUGAAUCACUGAGGAUCAAACACAAUGGUGAAUCUUUUAACAUCUGCUGUUAGCAGUGCCAUUUACAGAGCUUUGAAACCUGCCCCAUGUGCAGGGAAGCCUCUGCUAUGCAGGUGAGCACAGGCAUCAUGCAGCUGGGGUGAAGCAGCUCACCCAAUCUGCAGCUUGGACCGUCUUCCCCAGAACAGAACCGCAGAAGUAAAGGAGACAGGUUGCUGUCCUUUAAACAGAAGCAGAGUGAUUCUUUAGGAAGCCAUUUUCACUGCGUUGCUAAUAACCUCUGCCACCUGAAAAUUCUAGGAACAGGAGAAAACUGUUCCACAGCAGACUUACACAACAUGAAGAUGCAGUGCUAAACAUUUUGGAGUAGUUCAUCUCUGCCAUGCAGUGACAGCUAUAUUUUACUUGCGGUGCUGCUUUAGUGGCUUCAAAAACUGCAAAAUAGGCUCAAAAAUAUGUUACCAUGGGAUAAAAAUGUAUAUUCCUGCCUGAGAAUAACUUGCACAUUUGUUUCAGAAAUUUAGUUCACAUGAUGUUUACAGAACUGCUUUUGUAACUUCCAGACUUUCUAAAAUAUUCUGCUUAAAAACCAUAAAACACAAUUCCAGAGUCUCUGCUGGGAGCUAGGCACAGGGCAAGGCCCGUGGCCCUGUGCACUUUCAACCUCAAACUUAGCGGCUACAUUGAGGUCAUGGUUUGCACAAGCCAGGUGUCCAUUCUGAGGUCCACGUGAGUGCAGAGAUGAGACUAUUCCUAUUCACAUUGAAGUGAUUUGCUUUGUUUAAAAAAAAAUUGCAGCUAUUGUCUAGCUUCCAUUUUUUUUUUUUACUGAGAACUUUAAAUUACUCUCCUAUUAGAAUAGGGUUGCUAUUUGGUCUUUUGUUUUUAGUGCUGGAUUUCAUCAUUUAUCUAAAAAGUCAAUAUGCAAAAUAACUGGUCUUGUUAAGAGUGCAAUAUUCUAUUUUUAUGUAAAAAUAAAAAUUAAUUGGGGGGAUUAUUUAUUCAGCAUGGAACCUAAUAUGUAUAUGUUGGAAACACUUCCUAAUGUGCAUGUUGUAGCAAACAUUCCUGUAAAUUAUCACAAGCUCUGUUAUCUUUGUAUAUACUGCCACUUCAAUUUGGGAAUAAAUUUCAUAAAAAUAGA